GACUUGUUGUUUCGAUGAGCUGCCUGCAUAUACCGUAUCUAGCGCUAGCUGCGAGUCGAGUGCGAACAUACGCCCUUUUCGCGUUGCUAUUAAUCUGUGUUGAGGAUUUAUUUGUGAGCUGAAGUUUCGAGAUAUCAUCGUCAAUGGAGAGAAUAAAGGCAAAGAUUUCAAGCAUAGAUGACCGGGGAACGACUUCUGACCGCAUUUCAGCGGAAAAAUUCUCCGAUUUGGGGUUGAAAGACAUCACUCUUCGCCCAUAUCAGUUGGAAGGAGCAAACUGGAUGAUUCAGCGUUUUCACAGGAAACAUGGUUGCAUCCUGGGAGAUGAGAUGGGACUUGGGAAAACAUGCCAGACCAUCUCUCUGCUUGUAUACAUCCUUGGAUCUGAGCUGGAGUGUAGCGAGGACCCAGCUUUAGUUGUAAGUCCCCUUUCUGUGAUGGGAAACUGGCAAGAUGAAUUGAAAAGGUUUGCUCCUCAUUUGAAGGUAGUAUCUUACACAGGAGAGAAGAGUUUCCGAGGUGAACUCCGCCAUGAGCUUCGCUCCAUGGAAAAUGUCAAUGUCAUUUUGACAACUUAUGAGAUUUGCCUGAAGGAUGAGUCAUUUUUCCAGAAGUUUUCUUGGUCAGCGCUGAUCGUGGAUGAGGCUCAUCGUCUUAAGAACCAGAAUUCUCUGCUUCAUCAGUCUCUUAAAGAGCUUGAUGUCAGACACAUAGUCCUGUUGACGGGAACACCGAUUCAGAACAACCUGCGAGAACUCUACGCCCUUCUCUCCUUCGUGGCCCCCCGGGUCUUCAGGCCAAGUUUAGCCGACAAGUUUGUGGAGACCUAUGAAGAUAUCAGUGACAAUGAAGUGAAAGAUGAGCUUCACUCUAUGCUCCUACCUUUUCUACUGAGACGAACUAAAUCAGAAGUAGUCCUUGACCUGCCAAAGAAAUCAGAGGUGAUUCUUUUCCAUGGAUUGACUGGGCUUCAGAAGAAAUUAUACAAAGCUAUCCUCACAAAGGAUCAUGCUGCUUUUGAGCAACAGAUUGAUGUUGUUGGAAUCCCUCGCACCAAGACAAGUUUGAUGAAUACCCUUAUGCAGCUUCGCAAGUGUGUCAAUCAUCCAUAUAUCUUUGAUGGUGUGGAACCCGAGCCCUUUGAGCUUGGAGAGCAUCUGGUUGAAUGCUCGGGCAAGCUUCACCUUCUUGACAAACUGUUGAUGUUUCUAUGGCAACAGGGUCACAAGGUACUUCUCUUCUCCCAGAUGACCCGAAUGCUGGACAUUCUUCAAGAUUACCUGGCUUUCAGAGGUUACGAGUACGAGCGUCUGGAUGGCUCUGUACGUGGGGAAGAACGCUAUCUGGCGGUGAAGAACUUCAACCAGCGAGACGACACCUUCGCAUUCCUUCUCAGCACGAAGGCCGGAGGUCAAGGGUUGAACCUGGUCGGAGCCGACACGGUCAUCUUUAUAGAUAGCGAUUACAAUCCUCAGAAUGACCUUCAGGCGGCUGCAAGGGCCCAUAGGAUUGGUCAAACCAGGCCUGUGAAGAUCAUUCGCCUGAUUGGCAAAGACUCUGUCGAGGAGCUCAUCCUUCGAAGAGCAGAUGAGAAGUUGAAACUGACCAACGAUGUCAUAGAGGGGGGCAAAUUUUCCCUUGGAACGGCCAAUAGUGGUCUAGCUGAAAAUGCUACCCAGCUUUCAGACAUGUUGAAGUUUGGUCUCGAGAAGCUUCUACAGUCCGAUGAGAGUUCAGUCAAGGACCUUCAGCUCCAGGAGAUUCUAGGAGGUAGCGCUGGAGGAGAAUGGAUGCCGGAUGAAAGGAAUGAUGAAGAGGAAGAGAAGAUGGAGGAGGAUGACGGGUCAGACGAAGAGAAAGAUCAUAUGUACAUGUUUGAAGGGAAGGACUAUUCUAAAGAAACGAGCACAGCAGAUAAGAAAACCUUUGAUGAAAUGAUGUCAGCUCAAAUAGCUGUGAUCCAGGAAGAGGCGAGUGGAUCAAGAGCAAUGAGAAAGAAUCGAGGCCAAAGAGGAGAUACAUUGGAGAUGAUGUCAGUGUUACCUAUGGUAGCCAGAAAGAGAAAACAACUUACGGAGGAAGAGAAGGCAGAACGAAAGAAAAAGAGAGAAGAAAAUGCUGCAAAGAAAGCCAAGAUGAUGGAAGAAGCAGAGAUACAGAGAGCAGAAGAGAGAAGACGAAGAAUGAAAGAAAUGUGGGAAGCCAGAGGCUACGAGAGUUCAAACAUCGCCAUGGAAAUGGAAGAUGAUGACGAUGAAGGGUCGGAGGAUGGGGACGUCAAUCUAUCGGGAGAUAGUAGUGAAGAGGAGGGCGUGGCCCUUAGAUACGUCAGGGGAGAUGCGACACACCCAAUUAAUACCAGUGGUCAGAAUGCAAUCGUGGUCCAUUGUGUUGAUGACAGUGGGAGUUGGGGGCGUGGAGGUCUGUUCAGUGCUCUCGCUCGUCGAUCACCGCAACCUGAACGCCUUUAUGAACUUGCUGGCAAAAUGAGAGAUCUGAAUUUAGGAGAUGCCCAUCUUAUUCCGAUCGAUGACGUUGAGAGCAGGGAUGCUGGUAAUGAUUGGGUUGCCCUGAUUGUAGCGCAGCACCGGGACAAGAACAACUAUCUGAGCGGCAUUAAGCUGACAGCGCUUGACAAAGGCUUGCAGAGACUCUACAAGGCAGCAAAGAAACACAAUGCAACCGUCCAUCUACCUCGCAUCGGUCAUUCUACCCCUGCAUUCAACUGGUAUGGCACAGAGAGGCUGAUACGGAAACACCUUGCAUCGAGAGGCAUUCAGACCUCUAUCUAUUAUUAUCCAAGGAAAGGUAAUAAACCAAGAAGACCCACUCCACAGGAUGACGAUGAUGAUGAUGAUGACAGCAAGCCAUCGACUUCAUCCUCGCAUAGAAGUCAUCGUCAUAGCAACCAAGAUGAUAGUGGAGAGGAGAAUGAGAAAGAGAGGAGUGGUCUCGCCGAUUUUAUGUCAGGUGUUUCCGUCUGCAUCCAUCGAAGUGUUGAAGAAGAAAAGGAAAGGAAGAAACUUCGUAGAUACAUCAUGGCUCAUAAUGGUGAUGUAGAUGAAGAAUGUUCUGACAGGACGACGCAUCUUAUUAUUCCUAAAGGCUUUCACGAGGAUUUAAGUGAUUUGGACAAAUUCUCAUCUCUGCAAGUGGUAACAGCUGAUUGGCUAUGGGACAGUGUUGCUAAGCAACGGAAACAACCUGAAAGUGAUUAUGUAAUCAACUGAACAUUGCAUCGUAGGAUGUACUCCUUCAUCGUGAAGGGAAAAACUUCAUCAAAUCUGAAAUGUUAUCGACGAUCAUAUGCAUUGAAGAGGCCUUCAUACAUGGAGAAUAUAAGGGAGACAGAGACAUUAGCGGCUUUCACACACAGAAAAAAAUGAAAUUGGCAAAUUGAUUUUUGCAUUGUGAUGUAAAAAUGUUUUUUUGCAUGUGCAGACAGAAAAAUAUAAAGAAAGUUUGCGAUUGUGACUGCGAUUCAAUUUGCAGAGAUUACCUAUAUGUAUUUUAGUAAAGAGGGCCCAUAUUGAUAAAACUCUAAUAACUAGUAAUCGCCUAAUUGUGCAUUGUUGCCUAUAACUACCAGGGUUUAUGAAUAUGAGGGGGGAGGGGUCUAUUUUAUUGAAUACAUAGCACAACUCAAAGCGAAAAUUACUAUAAUCAUCAGUGAUUUUUUAAUGUUUAAAUUGUUAUUUAACAGAAGUGAUGAAAGUCAAUUAAUUUAUGCUUGACUUUCAUCAAUCCAGGGAUUAGUCAUGCUACCUGCUUGUCUUUCUUUCCACUUUUUUUAAAUUAAAUUAAAUUAAAUUCCCAUUAAUUCUUUGGUAUUUUAUCUUUUCCAUUAACUUUGAGUAAGAAACAUAGAAUUGUAGCAUUCCAUAGGAUUUAUAUUCUUUUAAAGUAUGUUAACAUAUCAGAAUACUUCGCAUUACAUGUAAUCAAACACUGUGAUUGUUCAUGUUAGUAAUAGCUCUUUGUAAAGAAUUAUGAUUUUAGUAACAGCUUUUUGUAGAGAUUACGAUCAUGGAAAUGUUCCUAUCUUGUUGCUUGUCUUUCAGAAAUAUUGCCUUAUGAAGAAUGUAUUUCCUAUAUUAGUGAGUAGUGUGUGCUCUAUAUUUCUCUAUUUGUGUAAAGUGUAUGUAAUAGAAAUUCUGAAAUACAAAUAAGGAUGUGCCUGAUUUUUUUAUUUUACCAAUAAGGCUUUUCUACCUUCUAAGUUGUCUCCUCGUUUAAUAAAUUAUUUCAAUUUCUUGUGUAUCACCAUAUCAAUAUGUUUGUAAAUGUAAUUUUCAUCUAUAAACAAAAUAAAUGUAUGUGAAUGAAUUAAUGAAUUAAGAGUGAAAAAUAAAGAAAGAAAUCAAUUCAUCCAAGGAGAAAUUACUAGUUUAUAUUGAAAAAAAGGAAAAUACACAAUUUGAUUUUUAAAGUUUUUUUUGGGGGUGUGAAUUAUAAACAUUUGUCUAUUGAUGUUAUGAAAUAAGAAAUAAGAAAAGUAAUGAUGAUAAUUAACGAAUUACGAGGUUAUGUAUGAAAAGAGGGAAAAAGAGGCUGUACUGCUUUCUUUCAAGCUCAUAAAAGUUAGUCAGACUUAUGCCCAAAUAAAGUUUGAAAUUCAAAGUCAACCAAGCUCAUUUGGGUUAAGAUAUUGCAGUUGUAAGUACAUGUAGAUUAAAUUAAAUCUAUAUAAACAAAGAAAUUUAAAAAAAAUUGCAAAAUGCUAUGAAAUAACUUUGACUGUUGAUAUAGAUGUAGGUUAUCAUCCAGGAUGAUACAACCGGUAGAAAGUAUAUUUGUCAAACAAAUCAUUUGUAAAUUUGCGCAACUUGUUACAAGAUUCAAAUGUGUAUUAUGGAGUUAAACUUAUAUUCAGGGCUGUAAAUCGUAACUGUGUGAAGAGUUUUGAUGUAUGGAAAGUGAUGGUAGAUAAUAAUUAUGUAUGUUCAUGGCCAUUCCUUGCUGUUGUUUUGUAUGAUGCCAUAGUUGACAUUAUUACAUUUAAGUCUGACUCUGCCUAUUUGUUUUGUUGAAAAAUUUGAAUUCUGUUAUGUUUGUACCUCUUUUAGAAUGCAAAUUUUAGCCAUUUAUUUAUGAUGAUGUGAAUAUAAUGCAAAUCAAAGUGGAAUUAUGGACAAUUUUAUAUAGACCUCAACCAUUCAAAUAUGGAGUACAAAAUCUGAAUGUCUACCAUUCAGGGCUUUUGUUUAGAUGAAAGUUUCCUAUCUUGGGUUUAGUUAUACUAUGCACUCCUUUGUGAAAAUGCCAGUUCUUUUAUCUUUUUUGUUAACAUAAUCAUUUUUUUUUAGUUAGAAGGGUUGGGAGGUCGGAUUAUAUUAUAUAUUCAGGUUCACAAGGUUAAAGGUCAACAAUUGAGACCUGAAUAUUUCCCUCUGUAUUGAAUAUAUGGAGUUUUAUCCCCUCAUUCUAAUAAUCUGUGCAAUUCGAUUGGCUCACAGGGCAUCAUGUGAUUGAAUGCUAUCCCCACAAGCCUCAUGCUGUAUGCAAAUGAGCAUGUUUUCCAUGAAGGGUCACAUGACCAUAGGCCUUCUAUUUACAUGAAACUAUUUAUGGCUUAAGACGUCACAUAAGGAGCAUGUUGAAAAAGUGAUAUAAUCGUAUACACGCUUCUAUUUCUUUAAAGAUUUAUUUCAUUGAGAUUAAUUUUCUAUCCCGGAGAGUGAAAUUGAGUGCAGAUUUGAAUUUUUACAAAAGAAUGAAAGAUGUCAGAUAUAAAGUUUUUGAAACUAAAAAGAAUGUAUGUUACUGUGGUUUUAAAUUUUAAACAAAUAUAUUAGAUAGAUAUA